AUGUAUAGAUUUGAGAGGGGAUUAAGAAAGGUACCUCCAUACUACCUUAAAUUCAAAACGCAUCCCAAACCGCGAUGGAUAGGCCGAACUGUUAUUGAUAUUUUCACAAAUGAAUUUGGUGAAAGUAGAGAAGCUCUAGAGCAAGAUAUAAAGAAUGGAUUGAUGUAUAUAGAAUCUAAUGUGGGACGUAAAGGUGGUUCAAAGGUAAUCAAAGGGUUAGAAAAUGUUCUAAUUAAACAAAUUGAUGGCUUUGAUGUGAUUUAUAAUUCCAAACAUAUGCAUGAGCCAACUGUUCCUGAUUCACAAAUUAAAAUUAUAUAUGAAAGUGAAGAUUUACUAGUUGUUGAUAAACCAGCAGGAAUACCUACACAUCCUACUGGGAAUUAUUAUUAUAAUUCAAUUACAGAGAUAUUAAAGAAAGAAAAUGGAUAUGUUAAUUUAUGGCCUUUCCAUAGAUUAGAUAAGGUAACAUCUGGAAUAUUGAUUUUUGGAAAAACUAAGGAAGCAUCUCAGAAAUAUCAUAAUGUGUUUCAGAAUAAUCGAAAUAAAAUAACUAAACAAUAUAUUGCAAGAGUAAAUGGGAGAUUUCCACAUGAGGAAACCAUGAUUAAUUGUCCUAUAUUUAUGGUUAAUUCCACUGGUGGAUAUAUAAAGCCAUUAAAUGCAGAAGAAUUACCUAUAAAUUCUACAACUGUUUUUAAAUUAUUGAAGUAUAAUAAAGAGUUAAAUCAAAGUAUUGUAUUAUGUGAACCUUUAACAGGAAGAAUGCAUCAGAUACGAAUUCAUCUUCGAAAUAUGGGUUAUCCAAUUGUAAAUGAUUUCCUUUAUAACCCACUGAAUUCGAAGUUAUACAAUCAAGAAAUAAAUAUUAUCAAUAAUGAAAUUGAGAUUGAACUAUAUACAAGACUAUUUGAAAAAUAUCCUCAAUUUGGUCAGUUUCAAAGCGUCGAUAAAUCCGUGAUAUCAAACAAUGAAUGUAUCGAUUUAUAUCAAAUUACAAAAUUUAAAUCUGAUCCUGAAAUGGCGGCCAAGAUCGAGAGAUUAAAAUUAUUAAGACAAAAAAGUCUUAAGGAUCUAAAGGAUAAGUAUAAUACAACUUGUGAAAUUUGUAACAGAAAGGUAUUUGACACCGACAAAGACAUGACUGACCUGGAAAUUUGGUUACAUUCAUUUAAAUAUGAAUAUAAGGCAGAUAUAAAUGGGUUUCUUUUUAGAAUGUCGCCGGCUUUCUGGGUUUCAGUUUAA